AGUACUAGAUUUCGACGAAGGUUGCGUCGGCGUGCCAUGGGUUCCGUCAGAGAGCGAGAUCUCUCGCCGGAGCCGGAUAAACGCCGGCCGUCCGGCCUGGGGACCGUCACUGUCGUCUUCUUGAUCGCAUUGCCGCUGCUGCUCGUAUUCUUCCUCUUCAGCGACCGAGCUGUCGUCUCCAUCGCCGCCGAUUACCGGCCGGUUUGGCAGCGCAUGAAACUGCUAGGCUCCGGCAAUGCGUCGUCGUUUCCGAACGCGGAGGGCAGCGCUCACGACCGGCUCCUCGGCGGGCUCCUCUCGCCGGACUUUGACACGGCGACGUGCCUAAGCAGGUACGAGGCGUCCAGGCGCUGGAAGCCGUCGCCGUUCCCGGUCACCCCCUACCUUGUCCAGAAGCUGAGGCAGUACGAAGCGAACCACCGGCGGUGCGGCCCGGGCACCGCGAACUACCGCGAGGCCAUGGUGCAGCUCAUGUCCGGCCGCAACGCCGACCUCGCCGAGUGCAAGUACGUUGUGUGGGUUCCCCUCGCGGGCCUCGGCAACCGGAUGCUCAGCAUCGUCUCCACCUUCCUCUACGCGCUGCUCACCGGCCGCGUCCUCCUGAUCCACGAGCCACCCGAGAUGGAGGGGCUCUUCUGCCAGCCGUUCCCGGGCACCUCGUGGGUCUUGCCGCCUGGCUUCCCCUACACAGACGGCUUCUCGGCCGACUCAAACGAGAGCUACGUGAACAUGCUUGAGAACAGCAUCGUCCACUACGACGACGGAGGCAAUGCGAGCACGCUGCCGCCGUACGUCUACUUCCACCUAGAGCAAAUCUCACUCCGGCUCCAGAAUCACACGUUCUGCGAGGAAGACCACCGCGUCCUCGACAGGUUCAACUGGAUGGUGCUCAGGUCGGACAGCUACUUCACAGUGGCGCUGUUCCUCAUGCCGAUGUACCGCAGCGAGCUAGACAGGAUGUUCCCGGCGAAAGGGUCCGUUUUCCACCACCUCGGCAGGUACCUCUUCCACCCGGGGAACCGAGCAUGGGAUAUCCUGGAAAGGUUCUACGUUGGGUACCUCGCCGGCGCCGACGAGCGUCUGGGCAUUCAGGUGCGCCUCUCGCCGUCUUUUCCGAUCACAUUUGAGGUCAUGUACGAGCAGAUCAUCCGGUGCAUUCGGGAGCAUGAGCUUCUGCCACAAGUGACGGACACCAGCGAACCUGGUGCCCUGCCAACGAACGGCACCGUCGGCACGGCGAGGGUGAAGGCCGUGCUGGUGGUCUCCUUGAAGCCGGAGUACUACGACAAGCUGCACAGCAUGUACUACACGAACGCGACGGCGACCGGUGAGGUCGUGACGGUGUACCAGCCGAGCCACGACCUGGACCAACGCUCGGACGCGCUGGCGCACAACGAGCGCGCCCUGGCCGAGAUCUUCAUGCUGAGCUACUCUGACAGGUUGGUGACCACGGCGUUUUCGACGUUCGGGUACGUCGCGUACUCACUUGCUGGGCUCCGACCAUGGCUGCUGAUGCCGCCGGACUGGGCCACGAUGAGGGCCGAAGUUGCUUGCUCCAGGUCAGCGUCGGUGGAGCCGUGCCUGCAUUCGCAGCCGUCGCUCCUCUGCCAGGCAGAGCAGGAUCUUGAUCCGGUGGUGCAUGUGCCAUUUUUGCGCCACUGCGAAGAUAUGGAUUCUGGUCUCAAGCUGUUUGAUUGAUUUAGCUCCUUCGUGGAUGCAUGCUUCAGUUGUUUUCCCCCCAUAGUUUUGUCCUUCUUUGCAACAGUUGAUUCCCUGAGUUGUAUUCUAUAGAGUGCAAAACAAGAACACCUGUUAUAGAAGUGAAAGGAAU